UAAAUACUGUGUUUUCAAUCUUGAAAAAUAGCUUGAACCAUGUAAACGAUUUAGGCUGUUUUUUAUUUACGGGGUCAUUUUGAUAUCGUUUAAGCUAGAACUCGGAAGGUGUCGGUAAAACUGGGUUACUUUUAACACUCCCUAUGUAGUUGUGAAAUGGGCCAGGGGUGAAGUUGCUUCCCGCAGUAAAGAUGGCAGCUUCUAUACAUUUCGUGUGUUGAGUGCAGUUUGCAUGUUUUGAAUUCCUUGUGCAUUUCAUUACUGGGAAGAAGACUCUAUGUGAGAGGAUCAUUCAGUUAAGGACUUCCAGUGCAUUUUCUUACAAAACAUUUUACUGUUUUGAGUAAUACGGUAUCCGUAUAAAUUGAAGAAGGAGACUAACAUUGGUAGUCUUGUCCCGUGCAGCAGCAGACUAGGCAACUCUGUCAGUAGUAAGUUGUCAUGCCGAGGAAGAAGCCAUUCAGUGUCAAGCAAAAAAAGAAACAGCUGCAGGAAAAAAGGGAGCGCAAAAGAGGUCUGCAUGAUGGUGUGAGGUCAAGUUCCAAUAGCAGAAGUGGUAGUCAUGACCGUCGUGAAGAUCACACUGACACAUCGGACAGCGAGUCUUUCUCCUUGAGGGUUCGAAAGAUCAACCAGCAGCCAGCAGUGAGCAAGCCAGGAGAAAAAGGAUAUGAUCCCAACAGAUAUCGUCUACAUUUUGAGAGGGAAAGUCGAGAAGAAAUUGAGCGAAGAAAGAAAGUUGCCCAAGAGAAGGUGUUGGAACCCUUGCAAGAGAAGGACCUAGAAGUGGAUAUAGAUGACAUUUAUAAACCUGGAUCUGUUCUGGACUUCCCAAAGCGUCCGCCGUGGAAUUAUGAAAUGUCAAAGGAGCAGUUGCUGUUGAGGGAGGAGCAGGCUUUCCGGGAGUACCUCGAUAAUAUCUACAGCACAUUUAGUCCAACACAGCUUAGCUACUUUGAACACAAUCUAGAGACUUGGCGUCAGCUUUGGAGAGUUUUGGAAAUGUCUGACAUCGUCCUUCUCAUCACAGACAUCAGACACCCAGUGCUUCACUUCUCACCAGCUCUUUAUGACUUUGUGACCAAAGACAUGAAGAAAAAUCUAAUCUUAGUGUUAAAUAAGAUUGACUUGGCUGCACCAUCCUUGGUAGUUGCUUGGAAACAUUACUUUCAGUCUAAGUUUCCAGAGGCACACAUCAUCUGCUUUACAUCAUACCCCAGAGAUUCACAGGAUGUCUUUGAUCCUAGUACAGUUUUUAAGAGUCAUCGGCGGAGACGGAGAAAAGGAUGUGUAACUGCAAUGGGGCCAAAGCAACUGCUCAAAGCAUGUGAAACCAUCACAGCAGGAAAAGUUGACCUAAGUACCUGGAAAGAGAAGAUCGAACGGGAUGCCACAUGUGCACAGCACAUGGAAUACUCUGAUGAAGAUGAAGAGGAGGAAGGUGUGCUUGUUGAACAUCAGACUGACAUUGCGAUGGAGAUGGGUGCACCUGUGGAUGAGCUUUACAAGGACGGGAUUCUCACAAUAGGCUGUGUAGGGUUUCCAAAUGUUGGAAAGUCAUCUAUCAUCAAUGGACUGGUGGGAAGGAAAGUGGUGAGCGUUUCUCGGACUCCUGGACAUACUAAAUAUUUUCAGACAUACUUCCUCACUCCAUCUGUGAAGCUUUGUGAUUGCCCAGGGCUGAUAUUUCCUUCACUUGUUGACAGGCAACAACAGAUUUUGGCUGGGAUUUACCCUAUUGCCCAGAUCCAAGAGCCUUACACAUCUGUUGGUUAUCUUGCUGUAAGAAUACCAGUUCAGAAGUUACUAAAAUUGAAACAUCCAGAUGCUGAGCAGAAUCCUCAUUCCAAAGAUCAACAUCCUUGGAGAGCCUGGGACAUCUGUGAAGCAUGGGCUGACAAGAGAGGCUACAAGACAGCAAAAAAAGCCCGAAAUGAUGUGUACAGAGCAGCAAAUAGUAUCCUGAGACUUGCUGUAGAUGGGCGUCUAUGUCUUUGCAUGAGACCACCUGGAUAUCUCCUUCACAAAGCACAAUGGGAAAAUCACUCAGAAGCCAUAGAGAUAGCAGCUCUUCAGGAAGCUAACAGGCAAAGAAGUAAGCAGAGUUCAGAAGAUGAGGAUGAAGAAGAAAUUUCAAGCUCUGACCAAGAUGAUGAUGAGAGAGACCGUGAUGCAGAUGAAGAAGAAGAUGAGGAGGAAGAGGCAGAUGAUAGUGAGGCAAUACUGCAGAAAGAAACAGUACCAAAGAAAGCAUCUAAGAGCAAAUUAGCCAUUGCGAAUAAGUUUGCCCUUUUAGAUGAAGAAGAAUCUUAGUGUUCUGCCUGAUUUUUUGGGGAGUGGCGUGUUUAGACAAUUGUAUCUGACAAGAAAUGGUCCAAAAGCACUUUCAUUCAUAGCUGACAUUUUGAACUAAGCACAGCUGUUACAUCUGGAUUGGAUGACUUUACAUGAGAGUGAAUUGCACAACAUUAUGUAGCUGAUCUCUUUGAGUAGUUAAGUUCAUCAGUCCAGACAUAGUUUCACAUUCCUUAAACAUCUCAAGGGAUGUUUGAGUGUUCAACAGAGCUCCAAACCAUCACGAGGAAACAAAAGUUUGCACUUCUACGGAUUCCAGUUGAAAAGUAGUGUUUAUUUGUAACACUUAAUUCCAGAUUUCUUUUGUGACUGCUUAAUUCCAGACCUCUUUUGUAACUGCCUACUUCCUUUGCUGAAACCUGGUACUGUAGAGUCAGAACAUUACUUUUCUCUUCUUGAAGUACUAAACUUUGGCUCCAUUAUGUCUCCCAUAGUUCAGUGUUAUACUGAAAGGUACUUUAACCCAUCAUGUCUGUCAGUAUUCUGUGUACCACAGUGUAAAGAUAAGUAUAGCCACUGCUGUACAUUAAUACAAGAAGUGUUAUGACAUUGUUUAAAAUUAAAGCUGAAGAGGCUUACAGGUCUAGGUUCAGGGAUCCUUCUCUGCAUGCUGUUAAAAUGCUGCUGUUUUCAAAAAUAUGAUUAAAAGUCAUGUGGAUUGACACCAAAAAGUGCCAUAUCUGAGUUACUUCUGACCAUAAUUAAUAGUGUGGAAGACCUCAGCCCAAGAAUAUAAAGAAUCACGCAGGCUCACUUAAUUGAAACAUCGUAGAUCGCUAGGCUAAACUUUAGAUCUACUUAUGCAUUGGAUGCAUUAGAAUUUCAGAAAUUAUCUCUUAAUGAAAUACUGGUUUCAUUAGUUGCUUGAAGGGGAUUCGUACACUACUCCAAAACAGCUUUUUUAAAAUGAGCAGUUUGAGCUUGAGUCUCUCAGCCGUGGGGGGGUCUCAUAUUUCAUGAGUUGUGUUAAAUUUACUGUAGAAGAAUGUUAUGAAAUCUGCAGAGGGAAAAGCCCCUACAUGGGGUGUUAAGUAUUUCUCCUCCAAAAAAAUUGCCUUCAUAAACUUAUUUUUAGUGCCUUUCAUAGAGUCCAGCAUUUAGCCCAUCUUUGAGGAAUCUGUUAUUUUAUUGUAGUACCAUACCCUCUUAAAGGUUUUGUUGUAUUGUAGCUGUUCUGUGAUUUAUUUAUAAUGUUUUUUUUUUUACAGUACAUUUUCUGGAAGUAAUCACUUGAAAGUCUGUGAAAACUAUAGCAUUUAAUAAUUUGGUAAUGUACAUUUUUUUUUCUUAUUUAGACUUUUUUUAAACACAGCCACAAUUUGCACUGCACACCCAAAUACCCUAUACUUGCUGUGAACUAGACAUUGUUUUCUGUCAGCUUUAGUCUUCAUAAUGUUGGGAAUUUCAGGAAGUGCAGGUUUUCGGAGGUAAUGUACAGCAAGAAGUGCAUUUGGUGUGCUGUGAUCCAGGUAUUAAUUUUCAUUCAGGUAAUAUUGUUGUCCUGAAGAGCAAAAUCAGAUUUUCUUACACAACUGCACUUGCACAGUAACCAGAUGAAAAUGGCAUGGUUCAUUUUUUUUUCUACAAGCGAGCUUUCAUUGUGUGAGUGUGUGUGUGAAAUGAGUGAGUUGUAUGCGUGUGCGCGCGCUAGUGUACAGUAUAAAUUAUAUAGCCCUUCCAGCAUAGCUACAGGUAACCAAGAACUGUGUUUAUCAUUGCUUGUAAUUUGAAGUGCAUUUUAAAUCGUUUUUUUCCUUCUGUUCAUUUUCUCCAUUGUUGCCCUUGAGUACAUCAGUAUUAACCUUCCAUGGUCCAGAUUUAUACAUGUUGCUUGUAAGUUUGCAUUUUCUUGCACUAAUAAAUUUUAUGUCAGCAUACACAGAUUGCAAUUAACUGUUAUAAACUUUACCUUUUUUUAUGGCA